ACCGAGUGUUGUUUCUUUUUAUUUUCAAUUCCUCCCAAAAUUAUAACCAAACUUGAAGAAAUAAAACAAACAUUUUAUAAACAAAAAAACAAAAUUAAAAAGAUGAUGAAUAUGUUAGCAAUCGGUCUUGUAUUGACGACACUAGUGACAGCUUCCAUUUGGUCACCAUCAUCACCACCACCUCAUCAUGAUGACCACCAAGAAGUGAUUGUAAAAGAAGGCCAUCGUGUGGUGGUGGUUGAGUACGAUAAAGAAGCCGAUGGGAGCACCAAAGUUUUGAUUUCUCCCCAAGAUAAUGUUGUUGAUCAUACAAAAGACCCAAAUACCGAGGAUCAUGAAAAACCCUAUGAUGAUGAUGAUAGUGAACAUCAUGGUGGCGGGGUGUUUUCUGGUCCUAGAGAACUAGUUUGUGAUGCUUAUGGUAAGUGUAAACAUAAAAUAGCAAGUGCUCUUGGAAAAACAAAAGAAACGGUUACCGAAACUGCCCAUGAAGUCUCGGAAAAAGCUCAAGAAAUCGAACAACAAGCGAAAAAAGCCGCAAGUGGAGCUUCAGAACAAGUUAGAGAGACUGUUUCCGGAUAUAAGGAACGUGCAAAACAAGCCCAAAAAGAUGGCAAAGAAACAUUAUCCGAAAAAGUUUGUGGGAAUAUAGAAGGGCAUGUUGGGAAGGCAAAAGAGGCUGUUUCACAUGGUAUCGGUAAAGCAAAAAAAGUUGCUGAUGACGUGGUGGGUACGGUAAAAGAUGGAGCUUCUAAGGUGAAAAAUUUCGAUGUAGUGGAUUCGCCUAUACGAAUAGGCGAAGAUAUCGAAAGAAACGUGACUGGAAAAAUAGCGGAAGGUGUAGAACAUGUGAAAGAACAGGCUAAAGAAGUUGCUGGACAAAAAACAUUUGGCGAGAUUUUGAGCAACAUAAAACAAGUGUCAUAUGAUGUGUUUUGGUAUGUUUUGUCUCCUAAUAAAAUAGAUGCGGUGGUUGGUUUGUUACACAUGUUAGGUUUUUCGACUGCUUAUGGUAUGUGUGUUUGGGUAACUUUUGUUUCGAGUUAUAUAUUGGGGAGGUAUUUACCGAGGACACAGUUUGGAAUGGUGCAAAGUAGGAUAUAUCCGGUGUAUUUUAAAGCAAUGGCUUAUAGUGUUGGUGCUACCUUGUUGGGACAUUUGGUUGGUCAAAGAAAAGAGAUUUGGUCAAAUGUAAUAGAGAUGUUUCAGGGUUUGAGUCUUUUUUCUGCACUCUUGAUGGUUUUGACCAACAUGAUCUUCUUGGAGCCUAAAGCGACAAAGUUGAUGUAUGAAAGAAUGAAGAUAGAAAAGGAAGAAGGGAGAGGGAUAGCGAAUGUGGCUAAAGACGGGGUUGCAGACGACCGUGGAAAUACCGUGGUGAGUUCAACAACAACAAUGGUAAGGCCGACACAGGCGAAUGUGGGGGCAGAGGAACAAGCUGUGUUGAACUUGAACAAUAAGCUAAAGCGGUUGAAUACGUAUUCAUCCGCGUUGAAUGUGUCGACCUUGGUGGUGCUCACAUGGCAUAUGGCUUACAUGGGCCAACGGCUUCAAGCUACACGGUAGUAAAUUAAUCGAUCUCGAUUCACUCCCUUGUGAGGGAAUGCAUGGUAGCUCAUGAUCAUUAACUUGUAACUCGAAUUUAUAUAUAUAUGUGUCUGUAUAGUUUAUAUUUCAGACUUUCACUAUUGUUUUGUUCACACAUGUAGCUAGAUGGAUGUGUUUUGUGGUUAUUAGUUAGGAAGGGUAGGGCAGUUUGUGGUUUGUUAAAUGUAAAUUAACUCGCUUUCUGUAGCUA